CACUGGGGACCUCGGAUGGACACUGCUAUGGAAGCCAACCUGGGUGCCGCUGGCCACGGGCCCCGCACGGAGCCGGACGAUGAAGACGACUACCCCCAGGGUGGCUGGGACACGGUCUUCCUGGUGGCCCUUCUGCUCCUGGGGCUGCCAGCCAAUGGGCUCAUGGCGUGGCUGGCCGGCUCACAGGCCCGGCAGGGAGCGGGCACGCGGCUCGCCCUGCUGCUGCUCAGCCUGGCCCUCUCUGAUUUUCUGUUCCUGGCGGCAGCGGCCUUCCAGAUCCUGGAGAUCCAGCACGGAGGCCACUGGCCGCUGGGGACGGCCGCCUGCCGCUUCUACUACUUCCUGUGGGGUGUGUCCUACUCCUCCGGCCUCUUCCUGCUGGCGGCCCUCAGCGUGGACCGCUGCCUGCUGGCCCUGUGCCCGCACUGGUACCCCGGGCGCCGCCCGGCCCGCCUGCCCCUCUGGGUCUGCGCCGGGGUCUGGGUGCUGGCCACGCUCUUCAGCGUGCCCUGGCUGGUCUUCCCCGAGGCCGCCGUCUGGUGGUACGACCUGGUCAUCUGCCUGGACUUCUGGGACGGCGAGGAGCUGCCGCUGAGGAUGCUCGAGAUCCUGGGGGGGUUCCUGCCUUUCCUCCUGCUUCUCGUCUGCCACGUGCUCACGCAGGCUGCGGCCUCCCGGACCUGCCGCCGCCGCCGGCCAAGGCCCACGGCCUGCCGGGGCUUCGCCCGUGUGGCCAAGGCCGUUCUGUCAGCCUACGUGGUCUUGCGGCUGCCCUACCACCUGGCGCAGCUGCUGUACCUGGCCUUCCUGUGGGACGUCUACCCCGGCUACCUGCUCUGGGAAGCGCUGGUCUACUCCGACUACCUGACCCUGCUCAACAGCUGCCUCAGUCCCUUCCUCUGCCUCCUGGCCAGCGCCGACCUCCGGGCCCUGCUGCGCGCCGUCCUCUCCUCCUUCGCCGCAGCUCUCUGUGAAGAACGGCCUGGAAGCUUCACGCCAGCGGAGCCACAGACCCAAGUGGACUCUGGGAGUCAGACUCUUCCCGGGCCAGUGGCUGGGGCCCAGCCCCAGGGGAACCCAGCGGCACAGCCACGGUCGGACGCUGUGUCCCAGCCUCGGGGGAACCCCGCGGCACAGCCACGGUCGGAUUCAGUGGCCCAGCCACAGGCAGAGCCCGCGGCACAGCCACGGUCGGAUUCAGUGGCCCAGCCACAGGCAGAUUUUGUGACGCAGCCUCAGCUGAACGCCUCCGUUCGGCCACAGGUGAACCUUGAGUCCCAGCCCCAUUUGGACCUUGUGGCCCAGCCACAAGUGAGCCCCGAGACCCCCGGACCUGCCUCCGGCCCAGCUCUCAGCCCCUGUGAUGAAGCGUCUUCUGCCCCAUCCGCGGAUCCCCCCCCGGAAGCCCCUGAGAACCCAGCGGUGCCUGCUGACUCUGAGGGAGAAAGUCCCGGCAGCGUCCCCCCAGAGGAAGCCCCUGGAGCAGGCCCCACCUGA